GGGGCCGGGGCCGGGGCCGCAGCAGCGUGUCGGUGCCGCGCACGGCCUGUGAGGGCGGCGGGCCGGUGGCGGCCGCGAUGGGCGGCGGGACGGAGCCGGCGGAGCUGCCAGCGCACGCGUCGGAGGGGACGCUGUACCUGGACUACAACGCCACCACGCCGCUGGCCCCCGAGGCGGCGCAGGCCGUGCGCGAUGCCGUGAGCUCGGCCUGGGGCAACCCCAGCAGCUCCCACCCCGCAGGCAGGAAGGCGAGGGAGCUCAUCCACAGAGCCCGGGAGAGCCUGGCCAGGAUGGUGGGCGGCCGCACGGAAGACAUCGUCUUCACCUCGGGGGGCACAGAGGCAAACAACAUGGUGAUCCACACCGCCUGCAGGCACUUCCACCAAAGCCAGGCUGGGCUGGGGCACGGCCAGGGCACGCCGCACAUCGUGACAUCCAGCGUGGAGCACGACUCCAUCCGCCUGCCGCUGGAGCAGAUGCUGAAGGAGAGCCUGGCUGAGGUCAGCUUUGUAGCUGUGUCCCCACGAAGCGGGCGAGCUGAGGUGGACGAUGUCCUUGCCGCCAUCCGGCCGACCACCUGCUUAGUUUCCAUCAUGUUGGCAAAUAAUGAGACAGGGGUCAUCAUGCCCGUGGCGGAGCUGAGCCAGCACGUCCGCGCCCUCAACCAGCGCCGAGCAGCCGAGGGGCUGCCCCGGAUCCUGCUGCACACCGACGCGGCGCAGAUGAUCGGCAAAGGGCGCGUGGACGUGCAGGAGCUGGGGGUGGACUACCUCACCAUCGUGGGACACAAGUUCUACGGCCCGCGGAUCGGGGCCCUGUACGUGUGCGGCCCCGGCAGCACCACCCCGCUGCACCCCCUGCUCUUCGGAGGGGGACAGGAGAGGAGUUUCCGGCCAGGCACCGAGAACACCCCAAUGAUUGCCGGCCUUGGCCAGGCGGCAGAGUUAGUGAGCAAAAACUGGGAGGCCUAUGAGGCUCAGAUGCGGGAUGUUCGGGAUUACCUGGAGGCCAGGCUGGAGGACAGAUCUGCUCGCAAACCCAGAGUGGCUCACAGCCCUCUUGGUUUCCUCAGGCCUCCUUUGGGAAGCAGAAGAUCCACUUCAACAGCCACUUUACGGGCUCCAAGCGACUCUGCAACACCUGUAAUUUCUCCAUCCUGGGCCCAGGCCUUCAAGGCCGUCCUCCAUCCUUCUGAGCUGCGGGAUCCCUCCCGACGUGGCACAGAACGCCCUGCGGCUGAGCGUGGGCCGAGACACCACCCGCGCCCACGUGGACCUGGUGGUGCAGGACCUCGUGCAGGCUGUGGCGCAGCUGGAACAAGACCAUGCCCUGUAGACCCCAGGAGUCACUCCCCGGCCAUCACCCAGCAGCAGAGCUCCCAUUACCAGCUCCACAAGGAAGCAGAGUUGUGGGGUGGCCACGUUGCCAGCGCUGAGAAACCGUGUCCUCCCUCCCUGCCUGGCCCAUGCUCUGACACUGACACAGGAGGACACGUGUCAGUGUGGGCCUGGAGUGUUGCUGGGGCCUGACUGACACAGGGGAACUCGGCCUCCUCGGGUGUUUAUAGGAAUAAAAGUGAUUGCUGCCCCUGUGGCUUUUUUUCCCCAAGUAAAAUGCACGUUCUGUG